AUGGCGCUGUUUCCAAACACCCUACGAUUUCCGGAGCAUUCCCAAUCGCAAGAUGUAACCUCUGGUCAAUCUGCUACAGGUACAGAGGCAGCUCCAGUCGUACCAGCAUCUUCUGAAAGUGAUACCACCUCGUCUCAAUCUAAGCUCCAAAAGGAGAGUUUCCUGCAACUCAUACAUGACCAGCUGCAAUUUUUGGUCACAGAAUCCCAAGACUCAUUUUCAGAUUCCAGUUCGAAAUUGGAAAUUGCUCAAAUCCCCGCUCAUCUGUACGAUUUGACGAAACCACUGGACCCAAUCUGCUUCGUAGAGGAAAAAGCAGACGAAGGUAAACAAUAUGGUGCAGUCAAGCUCUCACUAGAUAGUCUCCAUGAGGUUUUGUCUCAAGGUUAUCUGCAUUUGGAUAUCGAUGAGUUUUCCUUCAAACCUACAACGCUGCGUAAAUGCACUGACGACGAACUCCAAGAACGGCUCGCAUUCUGUCGCGAUCUUUCAAUGCUACAGAGAAAGCUACAUACAAUCUCUAAAGGUGAGGCUGAGUCUCUGCAGCUCGGCACCGUGCCAGUAGUACCCACUGAAUCUAGUGAGCUCCCUCUAGAUACUAUGCCCACAGAACUGGGUAUAGUUCCCAAAGCAGAGCUGGAGAAUAUUUCCUUCGAGCCAGUGGAACCAGGAGUGAAGCAGGAAAGCUUGUCUGUACUCGCGGCUUCAAAUGAUCUGGAUGUGGCCGCUCAUGAUGACCAUCUGAACGAUACCCACACAGCGGCUAAUAAUUCUGAAGAACAAAAAUUGAGUGAGCAAUUGAAACAAGAAAGUCCUAAUCCAACAUCGGACUUCGCCCAGAUUCCUCCUGUCUGGGAAGGAAUACCUAAAAUCAAUGGACAGUCUAUCGACCUAUAUUUGCUAUAUCAUCUAGUACUAGACAGGCAGGGCUACAAAGCCGUUGUGUCAAAAAGGCUAUGGGGUGAAAUCGCACUAGAACUAAAAAUUAGUGAUCUUACCGGCGAAAAUCUUGCCUCACUUGAGCAAUUGUAUUGUAAGAUUUUAUACCCACUUGAGCAGAUUCAAACAUCGCAUUCAAAAACAGAGGAACCAGAAUCGAAUUUACUGGAUGACAACCUUACGCCCAGUUCCAAAAGACGGAAGCUUGAGGCGAAAGCUUCUAUACCAACCUCGUUUCAAGAAUACAAGCGCUCUGCUCGUGCCAAAGCAAGCAAGGGAAUUCUUUUGAAUUCUCCUCAUCUCUUUAAGUCGAAACGCCCGCUUCCUGUCAGCACGUCGCAGGCGCCAAAUGGAACUUCCAAGGGUACAGAUGAGACGACAUACACUACCACAUUGGAGGCUCAGCUUGAAAACUACUUAAAUUGGUUGGCUACUUACAUGGCAACAUUUGAUGAUGCCCUCUCAUCUGAGUCGCCGUCUGACGUCUUCUGUUCUUUACGAAAAAUCAUAGACCAAGACUCCAGAACUCGAAAUACCAUAUUGAGAUCUAUCGAACAUAUUGCAUCACUGUCCUCAGAAUCUCCAAAAAUUUCGACUUCUGAACUAGAAAGAUUUUUGUGGAGUAAUUUCGCUGAACUCUCGCAUCAUUCCGAUUUUGGAAACAAGGGCAGAAUGAUUCCUUUCUCACAAAAUUCAAUUGGUUCGUUACGUACCAAUGAUUCAUUUAUAACCUCAAAAUCAAAAGUUCACAAGCUCGGAAAUUCAAAUGGAUCGCAUGGGCCCACUCAAAGUCGUACGCUCGAACAUGACAUGGCACAGUCUUCAAUUCAUCCCUUCAAUCUUCACAACCUUCCUUUUCUACCAGAUUCUCUCCUAGCAGCGCUUUCCGAUACAGAUCUUGAUAGUGCUCACCUAACAAGCGUCUCAUUGGAUGUGGCCACCACUCUCAGCAUAGAGAAUUGGAAUUGUGCUGAUCAUUUUACUCAAGUUUGUCACUGGCAUGUUGCAGGCGCAUGGAAGCGGUGGUAUUUCAUUCCGGAGCUGGAAUUCGAGAAAAUGGAGGCACUUAUCCUAGGACCCUCAGGUGUGAAUGCUAGAACUGAUUCUACUGAGAUCUCUCAAGAGAACAUAAAUGAACUUGCGAAAGAUUCUCAAUCGAUAGUGCUUCAAGAAGAUAUAUUGACGAAUGUUCUCGGCAAUUGUCCUUAUGAAAUCCCUACAGUCAGAUUGCCCCUCGAGCAAGCAAAAUUUCAAGGUAUCAUUGACUCGAAAAUGCAAAAUAUUUCCCACGAACUCAACCAUAAUGUUUUGUUGACUCCGGAAGUUCUCCAAAAGCAUGGUAUUCGGUACACAACCACCAUCCAAAAACCAGGUGAGGUGAUUUACCAGUAUCCAAAGACUUUCUCAUGCUCCAUUUCCUAUGGUGUUAGCAUUGCAGAGAGAGUUGGUUUUGCCUCUAAACUCUGGCUCAAAUAUGGACUUGAGGCGCAAAAUUGGCUUGCCAAACAAUCCUUGCUUCCGAACUUCCUGGUGUUCAAGCAAUUUUUCAAUAUUGCGCAACAGCUAGAUUCUUCGCAUCAUUCCGCAUUGCAUUUAAGUCCUGCCGUCUAUUCUGAAGUUCUGCCAUUGUUUACUACCAUGGUGGACGAAGAGUUGGAACUACGUCAGUCUGUCAAGAAAAGAUUUAAAGCUAGAGAAAUUACUCUUGAAGACAAGGAAUCAGAUGUUCUCUCAGAUGUCGACUUUCAGCCCUUAUUCCCCACCAAAGUUUUAAUUAAAUCCUCCGCAAACACGAACAUUAUAAUGUCUCUUCAAAACCUUCAGCUGUAUCUAGAUCUGAAGGGUCUGGGUGAGAAGUUGCCUGAAAUUUUGUCUCAGCAAGAUGUCAAAGUCGAGCUUCAUCUCUUCUGCUCUGACGAAAAACUCAGAACUUUUAGACGAUUACUACAAGAAUACUCGAUAGAUUACAAGGCGUGGCAAAGGAAAUACAACGAGACGAUAACUUCCGAAGAAGAUAUGACCCUUCGUACAUAUAAGUCUCUUCUCGCGGAGGGACAAAAGAUUUCCGCCGCUAUCCUAGGCAUAAGCAAGACCUAUGUUAAGUUCACGUCAAACAAAUCUGCGAGUGAGACACUCUUGAAGAUAGAGGAGUUUCGGAAUCAGUUGUCAGAUCUACAAGACUUCAUAGACGAGUCGAAUGAGAUUGUUGAGCAAUGUCAAGCUAUUUUGGCUUUGAAGCACCAGCAGAGGAUAAGAAAUGGUGCAGCUGAACAACCCGCGCAAGAAAGUAAAGAUACGGGAGCAAGUUUGACUUUGCUUGUGGAGUUGUGCAACCGGAUACCUAAGCUCAAUUUUUUUGCGCCGGAGUUUGAGCAAGUGUUUGAGUACCGAAAUGAAAUAGAAUCUUUUGACAGGGCUUGCCGGCAACUUCUUGGACAAGAAAGUGUAAGUAUGGCAGACGUCAAAGAUAUGGUUAGUCUUGGGGCAUCUUUUGGCAUGAAAAUUCCCUCCUUGGAAUUUUUGAAUAGGGUCAAGGAUAGGCUCGAAUGGAUUCAAACCUAUGAGACAAUAAUUUCUGGUGGAGAUCCAUUUAUUGGCAAGAAAGAUAUUUUUCUGUUGCUCGAUCUUGAGAAGUUUCGUGACACCGGACUUGAAUGUUUGUCUUCAGCUGAUGUACAAAAGCUCAAAAACAUUGAUGAGUAUGUGGCCAAAGGACAUGCGCUUGAUAAAUCAGUGCAAGAAUUCAUCAAUCUGUUUUAUGUAAUCAACGAUGUCGACCUCCAAAAGCUUGAUGAAAUCAUGGCGGAUAUGGAAGAGCGCGUCAAGCUUUCCGGAAAAGAGCGGCUCUUUGUUCAUCUAGAAACAUAUCUGAAGCUUCUGGAUCUCAAGAGUCACGAGUCUAAGAUCCAGUUCCUUCAGUCUUUUAACUCGCAAAAGCACAAUCUCCAUGAUGUUAAGCAGAUGCUUUCCGAAUUAUUGUCCAUUGACCUUGGUGUCAGAACAAAUGUGAUCAGAGGUGCAAUAGCUGCCAGUGAGGACUGGGUCAAUCUGGCAGCCGCGUUCUUGCAGAUGAUUAAGGUUCGCAAACUUAAUUCAUCAACACCAUCCAAUUUGAAACAAGCGGCUCAACCAAAACUAGUGGCAAAGAUCCGCUCGCUCAUAGAAGAUUGCAGAAUUACAUUUACAGAUUUGAGCGUGGAUUCCGUUGAGAAAUCCUCUCCAUACGCAUUUUACAAGGGCUCUGAAAGCUCAUUAGAAGCCCCUUUUACCGUAAGGUACUGCUUGUGCAGAGAUUUUGAGGAGGGCGACAUGAUUGAAUGUGAUCGCUGUCAUGAAUGGUUUCAUUUCGGAUGCGUGAGUCAUUUGAGUCAAAUAAGUGAUAGUGAAGACGCCAAGUACACUUGUCCCGCCUGCAUCAUAUUGGAGAAUUACAAAUUGACUCAUUUGCCAUCUAUGUUCCCAGAUCGAAUUCCUGAGCUGCAAUUGUUGAGACUCAUAAUCGAUGGUGAGCGGUUGCACGUCACUCCAGUUGUAGAACUAGAGCUGCUCAAGGAACUCGCAGAACAAUUGUCAAUCUUCAAGUCAUGGGCUUUCGGCGCUACGCAGCAGAUGGUUGGAAUUGAUGCGGUAAUCGCAGACCAAUUGAUGUUAAGAAAAAUUGUAGGUGCUCCGGUAACAAUCGAGCCAUUGGUCGAGCAAUGUUUGCACAAGGUGGCUACAACUGUUGGGGCUGUACCCACACAUCAAGUCCCGACGUACAACGAACCUCGGGCUACCGGAAAUGAUCAAAUUGAUCCCGAAAUGUCGAGUCUUGGUGUCACUGCCGAAACACCUAUCAUUACAUCGCCUCCAAAGUUGCCUACACAAGCGCUUCCCGUCAGCGAACCCACCAGUGUUGUAGAUACCCAAGCGAAUGUUUCGAGUCCUCACCCGCCAGUUCCCAGAGAAAUUCCCGUUUCGCAGCCCUCUGAAGUGCGUACAGAAGAUAACAAAGCUACUGCUGUAGGGGUAGCCUCUACUCGUGAGCAUGAUGAAGAUAUAACUGUUUCUGAGGAAUCUACUAUGGAGACAACGCAUCACGAUCAAACCGAACAAGAAACACCAAUUCCGUCGACCACAAACCUACUUCCAGCUAGCUUGGAGAAUGUACAAGACUCUUCCAUAGAAGCGUCGGUUCCAGGGCAAGUUCCUGAAAAGAAGGAGCAUAUAGAUCCGGACCCUAUAAGAAUUAAAAGCGCUGAGAGCCGAGCACUAAGCGCCCAAGCGGAGCCAAUUGUUCCAAUCGAAGAAGGGCCUGUUGUUCUGUCGAAUCAACCAAUGCAAUCCAACACAUCUCAUGAGACGGGAGCAACCGAACUCAAAGAGCAUGAACAAGUACUGGGUUCGAGUAAACAAUUCAUAGAUAACAUUUCCGCUCCAGCUACUGAAGAACCAGGAUCUCAAGUGACACCUUCCACCACUGACAAAUAG